UUAUUCUGCAGAUAGAUGAACUUUGUGCUGCACCAAAGUGACAAGUGGAGUCAAUCAAAUCAAUUAUUUAUCUGACAGAAUCAUGUAUGAUCAGAGUCACUGAUGUGCUUUGGACUGCAGAUCAGCUGACUGUAUGGUGCAAAUCAACAUGGAGAAAGUGCAGCAGAUGAAAAACACUCUCCAGCUGUGCGUGGACUCACAUCGAGACGAGCUGCACAGUUUGAGUCGGGACAUUUGGAGCCGUCCAGAGCUCGCCGGUGACGAGAGACAUGCGCAGGAGAGACUCGUCCGCUUUUUCUCUCAGGAGGACCAGGCAUGGACGGUGGAAAGUCCCUACAAGCUGCCGACCGCAUUUCGGGCCAGCUGGGGUCCGGUAGGGGGCAGGGAGGGUGACCCGGUGCUGAAUGUGGGGUUCCUGUGCGAGUAUGACGCGCUGCCGGGUAUCGGGCACGCGUGUGGGCACAACCUGAUAGCAGAGGUGGGAGCUGCGGCCGGUCUGGGGCUGAAAGCUGCUUUACAAAACCAGAGUGCACCACCUGUCCGAGUGAAGGUAACUGUUCUGGGAACACCUGCAGAGGAGGCCAUAGGAGGAAAGAUCGACCUGAUCAAAGCGGGGGCUUUCGCUGACAUCGACCUCGUCUUCAUGGCUCAUCCAGCUCAACAGGAUGCCUCAUUCCUCCCUUGUGUCGCACUCGAUGAGGUGUCAGUGAAGUACCAUGGGAAGGCAUCUCACGCAUCUGCAUACCCCUGGGAGGGAGUGAAUGCCUUGGACGCUGCAGUGCUUGCCUACAAUAACAUCUCAGUGCUUAGACAGCAGCUCAAACCAGAGUGGAGGCUUCAUGGCAUCAUCAAACACGGAGGGGUGAAGCCCAACAUUAUCCCCGCCUACACCGAGUUGCAGUUUUAUCUGCGCACGCCGCUAGUUGAAGAUCUUUGUGACCUGAAGGCUAAAGCGGAGGCUUGCUUCAGGGCAGCUGCUGUGGCUACCGGCUGCCAAGUGGAGAUAACCUACCCUACCAAUGCCUACUACAAUAUUCUGCCCAAUGCCACACUGGCGAACCUGUAUGAAAACAAUGGGAAAGCUAUAGGGAUUGAGUUUCCAGAGCAGCCAGCCAACUUCUCUGGUUCCACAGACUUUGGCAACGUAUCAUUUGUAGUACCGGGUAUCCAUCCUUUCUUCUACAUCUGCACUGAUGCGUUCAACCACACGGAGGAAUACACAGACGCAGCAGGAGCUGAAAAGGCCCAGUUGUACACCCUGAGGACAGCCAAAGCCCUGGCUAUGACAGCUGUGGAUGUGUUGUGCAGCCCUGAUCUGCUGAUGCAAGUAAAAGAGGACUUCAGGCUGGUCAAACUGAAGCACGAGAAAUGACUAACGCAGCUUUGGGAGCUCCAUAAAUACGCUAAUAUUAAUAAUAACAGGAAUAAAUGAUAAGGAAUUCUAGGACAUUUUAUAGCUGACAACUGAGUCAGGAUUGUGUUUGGCUUGAAUCAAAGAGCACAUGUUGGCAAAUAGUAAGUUGCUCGUGUGGUUACCUUUUGAAGGAUAGAGGCGUACAACUGCAACUCAGUGUGAUACAUAGUAUUUAUAACAAAGAUAUCCUUCGGAGUGCCACAUAAAAGCAUUGUCUCUGGUUCAAUUCCAGCAAGGGACCUUUAAGGCAGGUCAUUCCCCUCUCGCUCUCUCCUUGUUUCCUGUCUGCUUCUAUGCCACCCACUGUCAAAUUAAGGCAAAAAAACCCCAACAUAAGUCUUUUAAAAAA